AUGAUUGUUCCUCACUCACGACCAUCGCUUCUUCUCUCGCAUCCGAACUUUCGAAACUCGGGUCGCGUUGAUUUCCUCUGUCGCUGUGCUCCAUCAGAAGUCCAACCACUUCGUCCCGAACUCUCUUUAUCUGUCGGAAUUCACGCUAUCCCGCAUCCAGAUAAGGUAGAGAAAGGUGGGGAAGAUGCUCUCUUUGUAAGUAGCUAUAGAGGAGGAGUCAUAGCUGUUGCAGAUGCUGAACAAGAUGUUGAUCCUUCCUUGUUUUCCAAAGAACUCAUGGCUAAUGCUUCUCGUCUUGUUGAUAAUGAAGAUGUUAGAUAUGACCCUGGUUUCCUCAUUGACAAAGCUCAUACCGCAACUACUUCCAGAGGUUCUGCCACAAUCAUUGUAGCCAUGCUUGAGGAAGUUGGUAUUCUCAAAAUAGGCAAUGUCGGAGACUGUGGACUUAAGCUUCUUCGAGAAGGUCAGAUCAUAUUCUCGACUACUCCACAGGAGCACUAUUUUGACUGUCCCUAUCAACUAAGCUCUGAAGGCUCUGCUCAAACAUAUCUAGAUGCAUCGUUUAACAUAAUGGAAGUAAAGAAAGGAGACGUGAUCGUGAUGGGUUCAGAUGGGCUUUUCGAUAACGUAUUUGAUCAUGAGAUUGUUUCGGUAGUCACCAAGCAUACAGAUGUUUCAGAAUCAUCGAGGUUAUUAGCUGAAGUGGCGAGUAACCAUUCAAGAGAUCCAGGUUUUGAGUCUCCAUAUGCAUUGGAAGCAAGAGCCAAGGGUUUUGAUGUUCCUCUCUGGAAGAAGGCAUUAGGAAUGAAGCUUACAGGAGGGAAGCUUGAUGAUGUCACUGUGAUUGUUGCCAAAAUCGUUAGCUCCUGA